GAUCCUUCAGAGAAACCAGAGUAAUGCGUGUCAACCAUCGCAAGUAUCUCUCAUGAGGAAUUUGUGUGCGUACAAAGCUACUGUGGAGCGAGAGCAGAGGGGACGAGCUCGAAUUCGACAGAGCUCGUCGCUCUUCAAUCAAGUCAAGGUGGAGAAUCAAGAAGGGAUUAAGAAUGUUGAUGAGAUUCUUGCACAUUCGGAUGCGUUUAUGGUGGCAAGAGGUGAUUUGGGGAUGGAGAUUCCGAUUGAGAAGAUUUUCUUGGCUCAGAAGAUGAUGAUCCGGAGGGCUAAUAUACUGGGAAAACCGAUUGUGACUGCAACUCAGAUGCUGGAAUCCAUGAUCAAAUCUCCUAGGCCUACUCGGGCCGAGGCCACUGAUGUUGCCAAUGCAGUUCUUGAUGGCACGGACUGCGUCAUGCUCAGUGGAGAAACUGCUGCCAGCGCCUACCCGGGAUUGGUGUUCAAACCAUGGCCAGAAUCUGCCCUGAGGCAGAAGACUUCAUAAACUAUGGAGAUCUCUUCGGAACAAUAAUGGAAACUGCACCAAUGCCAGUAAGCCCCUUAGAGAGUCUUGCCUCUUCAGCCGUUAGGACUGCCAGUAGCAUCAGAGCGCAGCCAUGAUUUUGGUUCUGACCAAGAACGGUUUCACAGCAAAGUUUGUGUCCAAAUAAAGGCCAAGCGUGCCA